AACAUUUUCUGAACUAUAUAAACACAAACCGGGGCCACAUUAUGCGUUUCGUUAUAUAGAAUUGCAAACGAUUAAACUCUUUUUUAUAUGUCAACAACAUCACUCAUCGUAGCCAUCAAAGGCACCGAUAAUGUUGAAAACGAUGGUGUCAUUGUUCGAUUUGGUACUGGCGCAAGCAUGGACACACUGCGUAGCCUUAUUGCCGACAAAUUGGGCAUUGCCACUGGUUAUCAAGAUUUGAUACUAGAGGAUGGCGAUGGAAAGCUUCUUUCUGGAAUAGAUCAUGUUCGACAACAACAAGUCGUCUAUGUCAAUUUGAAGGAUCAAGUCAAAUUACCUGCUGUUCCCAAACACACGCUUCCAUACUUUGGCAACUUGUACGACAUGCUACCAGACAUGUUGGCAAGCUGGAGACGACUUUUUGAAGAGUAUGGUCCCGUCGUGAAAGUUAAUUUGCUCGGAAGCGAAAUUAUUGGAACAAAUGAUCCGGCCGUUGCAGAGCUUUUCGUAAAGGAAAAUGAGUACUUCACAAAGAAAAUUUACGGUGGUCUCUCUGAAGUUAAAGCAUUCGGUGGACAAGGUCUAUUCACUACAGACAGUGAUGAAAUGGACUGGAAGCUUGCUCACAAGCUUCUUAUGCCGGCAUUCUCUCCUAGAGCUAUCAAGGCGUACCAACUAGAGAUGAGCUUGAUUGGUCAAACUACCAUCAAGUUGUUGGAGCAAUUUUCUUCCGAUGAAUCUGUCGAAAUUCUUCACUGGACCACCAAUCUUACAUUCGAGACUAUUGGAAAAGUUGGAUUCGGAUAUGACUUCCAUCUACUGGAUGACCGCAAUGCCGAGAAUCACCCAUUUAUCGAAGCUAUGGGAUAUUGUAUGAAACAAUCUUUUACCAGAACGACUCAAGCAAAAGUUAUGAAGCAUUUACCUUUGGAGAGCAAUCGCCGCUUUGAUGAAUCUCUCAAGCUUAUGCAUACGACAGUUGAUGAUGUUAUUCAGCAGCGCAAGAAUGGUCCUGAGGCUAAAGACAAGGAUAAGGACUUGCUCGGCUUCAUGUUGAAUGCUCGAGAUGAGAAUGAUCUAGGUCUUACGGACGAAAACAUCCGUGAUCAAGUUAUCACGUUCUUGAUUGCUGGGCACGAAACAACCAGCAACACGCUGGCUUGGACAUUGUACGAACUCUCUCGUCAUCCUGAAAUUGAAGAAAAGAUUUUACAAGAGAUUGUCAACCUUGAAAUCACUCAUGAUGGUCUCCCAACCUCUAAACAAUCAUCCAACAUGAAAUAUACUCACCAAGUACUUAAGGAGACUCUUCGUAUGUACUCUCCUCUUCGUGCACUUGGCAAACAUUGCAAAAAAGAUAUCAUUGUUCCUGGAGGCUAUCAAAUCAAAGCUGGGUCUGAAGUCAUUGUCCAUUUGGGCUCUAUGCACUACAAUGAAGCCAUUUAUCCCAAUCCUGAUGAAUAUGAUCCUAGUCGAUGGACGCCUGAAGAAGAACAAAAAAGAUCUCGCUUCGCUUGGCUCCCUUUCAGUACCGGACCACGCUCAUGCAUUGGUAUGGCACUUGCUCUCCAAGAAGCCAAGACGAUCCUUGGCAUGCUCCUUCAUCGAUUCCGUUUCGUUUAUGACGGACCUCCGAUAACACAUGAUCCCAAGUCUCCUACCACGAAACCACUGAAUUUGUUCAUGAAAAUUCUUCCUCGUGAACACCUUCCUAGUCCCACUGCUGAUAAUAGACUCACACCGCCCGGAUCUCCAGCUCAAACAAAGAUGCCUCGAGCCACUCUACCGACAGCCGCUGUAAAUGCUGGCACUGUACCUCUUCCUCCCGUAACCUUCCUCUUUGGUACUCAGACCGGUACUGCUCAAGACUAUGCUUCACAGCUCGCAGGCCAAGCUAAAAACUUUGGCUUCAAGAACGUUAAAGUCUGUGAUAUGGACAAGUGGGAGGUUUUGGAAAAGGGAAAGUAUAAUGUUCCUAAAGGAUCCAGUGACCGUCGUGAACUUGUCAUCAUCUGUACCGCUACCUACAAUGGUUCCCCUCCAGAUUCUGCCGAAAAAUUCGAUAAAUUCAUUUCCGACGAUUCGAAUGACAAAGAUCGACCAAUGGAAGGUCUUCUCUAUUCAGUAUUCGGAUUGGGUAACAAGAAUUGGAGAACAUAUCAACAAUUCCCUACCAAGUGUGACAAUCGCCUCGACGAACUUGGCGCAGAGCGCUUCUUCUAUCUUGGAUCAGGUGAUGCUGACAAGGAUAUGGAUGCAGAUUUUCAUGAAUGGUGCGCUCAUUUCUGGUCCCAUACUCUCAUCUAUUUUGGUAUUGGAACAAACCCCGAAACCACUUCUCUGGUACCUACACCAUCCAAGUACGAGGAUCCUGCUGAUAAGCUUGAGGUCCAAAUUAUUGAAAAAUCAGAAGAUGCCAAAUGCAUCAGCGCAAGCAAGAAUGUUAAUGGAGAGUACAAUGCCGAGAUUAAUGUCAACACCGAACUCCAGAAUGUUGAGCUAUCCAAGCGCAGCACUCGUCAUAUCGAAAUCGACAUCUCUAAACUCCAAUCUCCUAACACUGACAAGCACAGAUAUCUUGCUGGAGAUCAUCUUGAGGUUCUCCCAGAGAAUUCAGACAUGGAUAUCGAAAAGGUUGCACUUGGAUUUGGUCUUAUCCUCGACUCUGUUUUCGAAAUCACCAACGUCGAUGUCACAACCGUUUCAUCUCGCAGUCUAGCCGUCGCUAUUAAGGGACCAUGCACAGUGAGAAAUGCACUCAAGUACUAUGCAGAUAUUUACUCUGCUCCUUCAAGGUAUAUGCUUGCUUACUUUGCAGCUCGCUUGCAAAAGACACAUCCUGAUGUUGCUGCUACGUUCUCUGAUGUGAUUGUCCCAGGAGAUAAAGGUCAAGCGGCAUACAUCGAGUUUAUCAAAGAGUGUCGCAAUCUUUUGGACUUGCAAAGAAAGUAUCCUCUCAAGGAACUCAGCCUUAAGGAAUUCCUUUGUGCUGUCACAGUUAUGCAGCCCCGUCGCUAUUCCAUUGCCUCAUCUCCACUGAAGAACAAGGACUCUGCUCAUCUUGCUGUCGGUGUUGUCGACGAUGUUAUGAACAACCGCCACUAUCCUGGUCUCACAUCUGGAUACCUUGCAAACGUUCAACCACCAUGCCCAUUGCGUGCUCGUAUCAAGUCCAGCAAGAGCAGUUUCUGCUUGCCAUCGGAUGAGAAGACACCUAUCAUCAUGAUUGCUGCUGGCACUGGCGUAUCACCAUUUGUUGGAUUUUUGCAAGAACGAGAAGUGCUUAAAUCUGAUGCCGAGGCCUAUCUCUUCUUUGGCUGCAGACAUCCAGACCAGGACUUCAUCUACCGCGAUGUGUUUGAAGGAUAUGAAAAAUCUGGAGUGAUUACCAAGCUUUAUCCAGCAUUCUCUCGAUAUGGCGAGGAUAACCCUAGAAAGUAUGUGCAACAUCAGAUCAUGGCCAAUGCUGGAGUAAUUUGGAAACUCCUCAGUCAAGGAGCUGUCAUCUAUGUCUGUGGAGCUGGCACAAUGAGCAGAGACGUUCGCCGUACGUUUGAGCUUAUGGCGAAGAGCUUUGGUGGAGCUAAGACGGACGAAGAAGCAACCGAGCUUCUUACCGGCCUUAUGACUAGUGGUCGAUACAACGAAGACGUUUGGGGUUAAUUUUCUUGAUGCCAAACCACUAUCGUAGAAGAUUUUAUGUAAACAUGCUUAACAACAUUUCGGUAAUAAAAUUUAUGUUCUUUUCUGGCUGUCUUUAAG